AUGGUGCCCACGCCCCAGGUGUGCGUAUCAACCCUGGUCACGGUGAGCACGAUGGCGGUGGUGGACCUCUACCUGCUGGAGCAGAGCAUGCUGGGGGCCCGGGGCCUGGCGGGGCCCAGCGCCUGGCAGUACGCCGCCGUGCUGCUGGGCGACGCCGGCUUCCUGCUGGCGCUGCGCUUCGUGUCGGCCGGCGUGGAGUCCGAGGCGCGCUCGCCGCGGCGCGGCUUCGCCAACGCCCUCUGGUUCCUGUUCCUGUCCCUCCUCCAGCUCAAGCUGUUCUUCGUCUGCCACAACUACAGGCAGGAGCGCCGGCCGCCCGACCCGCUGGCCCGGAAGACGCUGACCCUGCUGCUGUCCGUCUGCCUGCCCUCCCUCUUCCUCAUCCUGACGGGGGCCGACCACAUGACCCCGCAGCGCAGGAAGCAGGAGGUGCGGGGCCGGCUGCUGUGGGUGGUGGUGGACCUGCUGGACGUGCUGGACCUGCAGGCGGGGCUCUGGGAGGCUCAGGGUGGAGCCGGGGGGGCCGCCGUGGAGCAGAAGCUGCCCAUCUGGGCCGAGGGUCUGGUCUUCUUUUACUGCUACGCCCUCCUGCUGCUGCUGCCCUGCGUGGCCCUCACAGAGCUGGGGGCCACCGGCCUCCCGGGGCAGAGGGGACCCCGUAAGGAGGCGCUGUACCCUUGGCUUAGCUUGGUCACCAUCAACAUCUUGACCCUGGCCCUGAGGGCCACGGGCAUGCUGUGGUACAGGGACCCCCGGGUGUCCACCGUGUUCCUGGGGAAAAACCUGCUGGCUCUGGCCGUCAAGCUGAGCUCGGCUUGGGAGCGCCACAAGCUGGAGCGCGGCGCGUCCGGAGCCGGGGCCGCGGCCGGAGCCGAGCCCGGGGGCUCCGCCGCCGCGCCCGGUCAGAAUUCCGAGCAGGAAGAGGGCCAGGCCCAGGGGAAAGCUCCCGCCGCUCAUUAUCACACACUGACUCGCUCCCAAAGCCACAGUCUCUCCCACGUCAGCCUGGAGCCGAUGGCGACGCCUCUGGGACCCUCUUUCAUCUCCCACGAACUGUAG